GUGACCCCCCCACAGUCUGCUGAUUAACCGUCCUCCUGUCCGCUCCACCAUGCACUGCGCGCGGGCCUGCAGAGGCCUGAUUUCCCGCCGCUCACACUCAGUCCUGCGCGCGUGGAGCCUCCAGAGGCGCGCGGCGGCGGCCGGGCCGGACCUGAGCGGCAUUUACCCGCCCAUCGCCACCCCGUUCACCGCCAGGGAGGACGUGGACGCGGAGAAACUGGAGGAGAACCUGCAGAAGUACGCGGAGGUCCCCUUCAAAGGUCUGGUGGUCCAGGGCUCCAACGGCGAGUAUCCGUACCUGACGGAGGCGGAGCGGGUGGAGGUGGUGAGGACGGUCAGACGAUCCCUGCCGCCGGGCCGGCUGCUGAUGGCCGGGUCGGGCUGCGAAUCCACCAGAGCCACGGUCCAGCUCACGGAAAAGAUGGCGGCCGCCGGCGCCGACGCUGCUCUGGUGGUGACCCCCAGCUUCUACAAGGGCAAGAUGGACAGCCGGGCUCUGAUUCGCCACUUCACCAAGGUGGCUGACAGCAGCCCGGUUCCGGUGGUUCUGUACAGCGUUCCGGCCAACACGGGUCUGGAUCUGCCGCUGGAGGCCGUGGUGGAGCUUUCUCAGCACCCCAACAUCCGGGGCCUCAAGGACAGCGGAGGAGACAUCACUCGGAUCGGCCUGAUCGUUCACAAAACCAGGACUGAGGACUUCCAGGUCUUGGCGGGCUCAGCCGGGUUCUUGAUGGCGGCCUACUGCGUUGGUGCGGUGGGCGGCGUGUGCGCGCUGGCCAACGUUUUGGGCCGCGAGCUGUGCGAGCUGGAGCGCCUGUGCCGGAGCGGCCGCUGGGACGAGGCUCGAGUCCUGCAGCAGCGGCUCAUCGAGCCCAACGCCGCCGUAACCAGGAAGCUGGGAGUCCCCGCCCUCAAGCAGGCCAUGGAGUGGUUCGGUUUCCACGGCGGCGCCUGCAGGUCUCCUCUACAGCCGCUCACGGAGGCGGAGACUCAGCAGCUGAGGCGGGACUUCUGCUCCAACGGGUGGCUGUGACAGGAAGCAGGUUUAACGACUUCCUGUUAAAUUCAGAAUCUGAAUGAAGGUUAGAAGAAAAGAUUUAGUUCCGGCGAUGGAGGAACUCUGUUUCCUGCUGGAACUUCUUAAUGUUCUGAUCAGUUUCCUACUUUGUUAGGAAAUAAUUAAUCAAAAAAACUCUUUAUGUUGAGUAAAUUAUUCUGGAUUAUCAAAUGAUGGAUAGAAUUAAAUAUAAUCUGCAUUCCAACGUGAA